AUGACUUUUGAAUACUACAUGCUGCCCUAUUGCAAGCCCGCGGGCGGCGUCAAGUGGAAGACCCUCGGCAUGGGCGAGGUUGUCGACGCCAAUCGCAUGGCGUCCACGCCCUACGACCUGGCGUUCCGCGUGGAGCGCACCAACCAGCGGGUUUGCAAGAAGGAGCUCAGCAAGGAGGACGCCCAGAAGUUCAGAGACGCGGUGCGUGAUGACUGGUACUUCCAAAUGUACUUUGAUGACUUGCCAGUGUGGGGCUUUGUGGGCAAGGUUGAGAAAAUCAUACCCAAUCAGUAUGAGUAA